GGUUCGCCAUUGAUAAUUUUGGUUCAAUUUUCCGAACCGCCCUCUUUUUCUUGCCCCUCCAUUUUCCUACUCGCGACGGCGAUAGACCUUCCCUGUGAGCGCCGGCGGCGAGCGGCAGCUGCUUCUCCUUCGCGAGCUCCAGGAGUUCAUCGCCACAAGGUCCUAGAUGUGAGAUCCCGUGUCCCCGAUUCGUCAAUUUUCUUCUCAGAUUCUUCCAGCAGUUGGCGACUCCUCCGUCUUUCUCCUUCCUACUCUCCUCCAAUCGCCGUUUGUCGAUGAUUUAGUUUAUUCGGCGUAGAUCAAGGCAAUUACUGGAAAAGCAUUGAAAGCGAGCCAUGUCUGGCGUCUCUGCGCCGGCGAUAUCACGGCCAUCGACCUUUCACAGGGCCGAGAUCUCCCGAACCGGUAGUUAUUCGAAAGAAUCGUCUGUUCGCAUUGUUGUGCUUGAAAAUAGUGACGUGUUUAUUGUUGUUAGCUUAUCAUCACGGGAAGAUACCCAAGUAAUAUUUGUUGAUCGUACUACUGGCACGUUGUGUUACGAUGGGAAGGUUGGGAAGGAUGUUUUUAGAUCAGAGGAACAAGCUCUCAGCUAUGUCACGGAUGGAUCAAGGUUGCUAUGUAAGAACAUUACAUAUGCUAGAGCGAUACUCGGUUAUGCGUCACUUGGGAGUUUUGGGUUGCUUUUGGUUGCAACCAAGGCUACUGCUACCAUUCCAAAUCUUCCUGGUGGUGGGUGCAUAUACACUGUGACUGAAAGUCAGUGGAUCAAGGUUCAGCUUCAAAAUCCUCAACCACAAGGGAAAGGAGAAUACAAAAACAUUCAGGAUUUAGCAGAACUCGACAUUGAUGGUAAAUAUUACUUUUGUGAAACAAGGGAUAUCACCCGGCCUUUUCCGAGCGGCAAGAGAUAUCAUGAACCAGAUGAUGAAUUUGUUUGGAACGGUUGGUUCUCAAAGCCGUUCAGAGACAUUGGGCUGCCAAACCAUUGUGUCAUUCUUCUCCAGGGAUUUGCUGAGUGCAGAAAUUUUGGUGGUACAAGUCAACAGAUGGGGACGGUAGCCCUUAUUGCACGUCGUAGCAGACUUCAUCCUGGCACACGUUAUUUAGCAAGAGGACUGAAUGCUUGCUGUAGCACAGGAAAUGAAAUUGAGUGUGAGCAGCUUGUGUGGGUUCCUCGGCAGGCAGGGCAAAGUGUUACAUUUAGCUCCUACCGAUGGAGACGAGGCACCAUACCCAUCUGGUGGGGUGCAGAUCUAAAAAUUGCUACAGAAGCUGAAAUUUAUGUUUCUGCUAAGGAUCCUUACAGAGGAAGUGUACAGUAUUACGAGAGACUAAGUCGAAGAUACGGUCCUCAAAAUUCUGAAUUAGAUGUUGUCAGACAUAAGAAAACCCAAGUUCCUAUUGUUUGUAUUAACUUACUAAAAUGUGGAGCAGGGAAGCCAGAAAACAUUUUAGUUCAACAUUUCAUAGAGUCUGUAGAAUAUGUAAAAUCCACGGGAAAACUCCCUUGUACUAGGAUUGAGCUGAUUAAUUAUGAUUGGCAUACAAAUGUAAAAUCCAGUGGUGAACAGAGGACAAUUGAGGGCCUGUGGGAGCACCUCAAGAGAUAUGCCAAAGGUAUUGACUUUUCUGAAGGAAGUUAUUUUGUUUCGAAGAAGCAGAUCAAAGAGUGUAAAGGACUAGUUGUCUCUAAUGAUGAUUUUGAUGGUGGAUUCAACCUGACUUCACUACAAAAUGGGGUGAUACGUUUCAAUUGUGCAGACUCAUUAGAUAGAACAAAUGCUGCCAGUUACUUUGGGGCUCUGCAGAUUUUUGUUGAACAAUGUGAACGCUUAGGCAUAUAUCUGGAUUCAGAUGCAAUUUAUGCUUAUUCUUCAAUAAACAAGUAUGAAUAUAGUGGACUGAGAAGUCCUUUGCCACCUGGUUGGGAGGAACGUUUUGAUUCCGUCACAGGGAAACAUUUCUAUAUUAAUCAUAACACAAGGACAACUACCUGGGACCAUCCUUGCAAGGGCAAACCCUGGAAGAGAUUUGACAUGUCAUUUGAGAGAUUCAAGAGUUCAACAAUGUUAGCUCCCAUAAAUCAACUGUCUGAUCUUUUCCUACUUGCUGGUGACAUUCAUGCCACAUUAUAUACUGGUUCAAAGGCAAUGCAUAGUCACAUUCUAAAUAUAUUCAAUGAUGAUGGUGGAAUGCUUAGUUCAUUUUCUGCAGCUCAGAAUGUUAAGAUUUCUCUACAGAGGCGAUACAAAAAUGUUAUUGUGGACAGUUCUCGUCAAAAGCAGCUGGAGAUGUUUCUAGGUCUGAGGCUCUUCAAACACCUUCCUUCAGUAACUAUGCCUCCUCUGAAAGUAUUAUCACGGCCCUUUGGAUGUUUCUUGAAACCCGUUCCAAGUAUUGUACCAACGACUGAUAAUGGUUCAAAUCUCCUCAAUUUUAAGAAAAAAAAUCAAGUUUGGGUGUGUCCACCAGCUGCAGAUGUUGUCGAAGUGUUUAUUUAUCUCGCAGAACCCGGUCACAUUUGUGAGAUUCUUCUAACAAUAUCACAUGGUGCAGAUGAUUCAUCUUAUCCUGCCACUCUAGAUGUUAGGACCGGAUGUAGCUUAGAUAGUCUAAACCUUGUUCUUGAGGGUGCAUGCAUCCCCCAAUGUGCAGUUGCAACUAACUUGUUGAUACCAUUAAUUGGAAAAGUUAAUUCGGAGGAUUUAUCAGUCACUGGAAAGAACUCACCUUCCCAAGAAGGUUCCUAUCUUCCUUUUUUGUUUGAUUUUGAAGAAUCGGAAGGAGAAUUAGACUUUCUAACACGCAUUGUUGCACUUACUUUCUAUCCAUCCACUCCUGGAAAGCCUGUUACACUUGGUGAGAUUGAAGUGCUUGGUGUUUCUCUUCCGUGGGCAAGAAUGUCUACUGAUUGUGGCAUCAGUGACCAAUAUAUCAAACUUUCCCAACAAAACUCUGUGCGCAGUAAUGAUUUCCAAAAUGACCUUGACUUAAAUGCAUCAACAAAUCCCUUUUUGGAAAACUCAAACUAUCAUUCUCUAUCAUCUAGUGGAGACAUUCUUCCAACUCAACAAAGUACAACCGACAAUAUGAUAGAUCUUUUAACUGGAGAGCUUAUAUUAUCUCCAGAGCCAGAGAAUUCUAAUGUGCUUGAGAGUAAGUUCAACAAUGUUGACAAUCUCCACUUUUUUGGAAAUGAUGAUUCUGGUAAUCUUCAUCGAACUUCUUCUGCUAGUGGGUUUAAAGAUGAAGCUGUUAAAGAGUUGGGCCAUGUUCAACACUACAAGGAUCUUUCCAUAACCCUUCUUAGAUCUGGCAAGGGUAGAAAAUUUGACUUCAUACAGGCAUUGAAGCUUGAAAUAGAACGUUUACAUUUGAACCUUUCAGCUGCAGAGAGAGACAGAGCUUUAUUAUCUGUUGGUAUUGAUCCUUCUGCAAUUGAUCCAAAUCGCUUGCUUGAUUAUCAGGACCUUUUAAGAAUAUGUAGUUACGCCGAUGAAAUAGCUUUUCUGGGCCAAAUUGCUUUGGAAGAUAAAACUAUUGCUUCCAUUGGGCUUGAAAAAACUGAUGAUGUUAUAGAUUUCUGGAAUAUUAGUAAGAUUGGAGAAUCAUGUCAUGGAGCUGCCUGUGAGGUACGUGUUGAACUGCCAACAGCAGGAUCUUUUACCAGUGUUUCUUCUAGCAGAACUGCAUCUUUCCUUCUUCAGUGUUCUAUAUGUCAAAGGAAAUGUUGUAAAGUUUGUUGUGCUGGGAAGGGAGUAAAUAUGCUGUUAGAUAAAGAUUUCAAAGAACUGAAAAUCUACAAUGAUUUAUCUAGUCGUAGUGGGUCUAAUCAUGGUGGACAAACCCAUGAAAGUUACAAAAGCAAUUCAUCAUUUGAUGAUAAAAUUAUAUGUAGAAAAUGUUGUGAUGAAGAUAUUCUUCAAGCACUAUAUGUUGACUAUAUCAGGGUCUUGAAUGCCUUGAGGAGAAAAACUAGAACUCUUGAUGCUGCACGUUGGGCCCUGGGUCAGUUUGUUGGACCAGUAGUUAACGGACAAUUUAAUUCAUGGCAAAGCAUAGAAACUGGCAAGAGGCAGUUAAAGGCACUGUUGAAUGGAGCAGAGUCCCUUGCUGAAUUCCCUUACUCAAGCCUGCUGUAUCAGGUGGAAACUGAUAAGGACUCUGCACCAUUAUUGUCAUUACUUGCACCAGUUGGCAUGGGAGAACAUCAUAGUUAUUGGAAAGCUCCGGCUAGCUUGUCCACUGUCGAAUUUUCAGUUGUUCUUGGGAGUCUAUCUGAUGUUGCAGGGGUUGCCUUGAUGAUUAGCUCAUGUGGUUACUCAACAUUUGAUUGCCCUAUAGUUCAGAUUUGGGCUAGCAAUACAAUACACACAGAUAAACAGUCUAUCGGAACAUGGGAUUUAAAAUCACUAAUAUCAGAGUUUCCACAACUUUAUGGCCCCAAGAAGCAUAAUAGUGAAAAAGAAAUCCCUAGACAUGUCAAAUUCCAGUUCCGCAAUCCUGUCAGGUGCCGUAUUGUGUGGGUAAAAUUAGCUCUCCCACACCUUCAACCCAACAUUGGAGAGUACAACCUCUUUUCAUUUGAUGAAAAUUACUCUUUGAGGCCUUCAGAUUCUUUUGCUGGUAAUGUUGAGAAUACUCGAUUCAUCCAUGCAAAACGACUCUUAGUGUUUGGAAAGUCUGUGAAGGAUCAGGGUCAGGAUCAGGAUUUAUCCAUACAGUCCACUGAGAUGAUGAAACUGAGAAGUUUCUUAGAUAGAUCCCCAUCACUUAGUCGGUUCAGGAUUCCCAUUGAAGGAGAAAGAUUAAGAGAUAAUGACCUCGUCGUUGAGCAGUUUUUGUCACCUAUUUCUCCUGCAAUAGCUGGUUUUAGGAUUGAUGCUUUUAACAUUAUUAGACCUCGAGUCACCCACUCACCUAUGAACACAGUUGAUGGUUAUUCAACUUUAAUUGAGGACAGGUACAUAGUGCCCACAGUUCUGUAUAUCCAAGCGGCUGUCGUUCAGGAAUCAAGAAAGGCCGUUGUGGUUGGGGAAUAUCGCCUUCCAGAAGCUAAAGCCGGUACUCCCCUUUACUUUGACUUUCCGCAGCAGUUUCAGGCAAACCUUGUUGUUUUCAAACUACUUGGAGAUAUCACGGCUUUCGUUGAUGAUGUACCCGAUCAAGACAGCACAAGCUUCCGAGCACAUCCAUUGGCUUCUGGAUUGUCUUUGUCGAAUAAGGUUAAAUUGUACUAUUAUGCAGAUCCAUAUGAGCUUGGAAAACUAUCGAGUUUAUCUGCUAUUUGAGUGUAUUGGAUUAGACCACAUCGUCUGCUUACACAUCCAAGCCUGCCAUGGCUAUAUUGUUUUGGCUUCAUUUAGUGGAAACACACAACUGAGUAAUAAGAUAUGUCGAUGCAUAUGUUCGAUCUCUCGCUAA